AUGACACCUUUCUCCGGUGCUGCUUUUGCAGCCGCCCCUUCGGGGGCCCGUGGUUCCUUCGGGAGCCCCGUGGUUGAGACUCGCUGGCUUUGCCCCUGUCAAUAUACGCUGGGAAAGGUUGUCAUCUUGCGGUGGUUCCUUUGUUGGGGUGUUCCCAACGUAGGUCUUGACAAUGGUGCCGUUUCGUGUUCCAGUCUCAUCAACCAUCAUCAAACAUCACAACAGGUGCACCAGCUCCCAAGCUACAUGAUACUGGUACGAACCAUUAUCGUCCUCUCUCAUGGUCUCAUGGUCCCUCCUCCAAGCUCUUGCUGUCCGCCCUGCUGUUUUGUUCUGGAGCACUUUCAAGCCGCCGAAGCCGCUGUCAAGCCCACUUCGGGCCGUUUCUACCUCGCUUUUGGCAACGCUCGUUUGAUCCUUGUCGGUCGCAACCGUUGGUUGGUGGGUCUGUGA